AUGCAGAGGUCUCCAGAGGAUGUGGAAAUCGACAGCUCCCAGAUUGGCCAUAAAGUGUGCUCAGAAAGUGAAUCGAAAGUUCUUUUUGCUUUUGAUAAAAAUGUGAAAUACUUGGACAGGUUUAAAAUGAGCAGCGCUUCAACGGGAGUAGAUUCACAUAGAUGUUCCGGAAUGUUGAUCCCAAAUGAGGUAAACUUAAAAGAGGUUGUUAAGAACGACAAGAAGUAUUUAUGCAAAAAUGAUUUACACACGAAUGACUUGCAUAAAAUUUCGGAAGAAAAGGACGAAAUUGCAUUGGAGGAGACAUUGGAAAAAUUGGGAGAAAAUACUAACGAAAUGGGUGCACAUUUUAAGUACCAUUUGAAUAUACUUGGUUUAGAUAUACUGAAUUUGGAAGAUAAAAAUAGCAAUGAUAAAUUUUCAAAUUGUGAAAAGAACUCAUUGAAUAAGAGGUAUGAAAAUGAAUUUCCUCUGAUGAAUAACACUUCAUGCAAAUUAAAAAAUGGUGAAAUACUUUUUAAUGAAAAUCCAAAACCAUCUAAUUUGGUAUAUGACACAUGUAACACAUGGGAUAAUGAUCAAGUGCAAAUGUAUAAUAAAAUUUUGAUUCCAUGUAAAAGGGAUGUUUGGGGGAUAAAUGAAAAAAAUGUUUUUUCUGAAUAUGAUAGAAAUACAUCAAGCCAGAAUGAAGAAAAAAUUUUGGAGCAGAAACGACAUGAAAUUUUGAGCGGAAAAAAAGAUAAACUUUUGCAUGCAAAUAAUUUGAGCAAGUGGAGUGAUGAACUAACAGAAAAAGACAUUCGAAUAGGAAACAAUACUAAUACUAUAAAUAAUGUUAUAAUCAAUGAGGUGUUUAAUUCUGAUGAGUGUAUCAAGUAUUUAGAAAAAGUGCAAUGUCCACCAAAUAAUUUACUAAGUUUGUUUACCUUGCCUCACAUUAAUACUGCAGAAGAUGUAGACAAAAUUCCGUUUUCAAUUCCAAAUGGGGAAAAUUUAGAAGAAAUCACAAAGAUAGUUGAUUCACCUUGGUCAUAUUAUUUCUUAAGAAAUGAAAAUAAUGCCAUGGGAGAGUUAGAAACAGAACCUGAUAUGAAUGAGUGUGCAGACAAGCAUAAUAUAAAGGAAUGGGGAAUUCCAAAUGUUGAUUCGUAUGACGCCACCACGAUUCCAAAGAGGAUACUCCUCCGGGAUGAAAUCUUAAACCAGGAGCUGAACGAAGACUAUUUCUAUGACUUAAAGAAGUCCCAAAUUUUGCUAUUCGGGAAAGAUGAUGAAAGAAACAUUUUAAAUUUGGCAGAAGUGGAUGAAUUAAAUUGGGAUGAAGCAGGUGAACCCAAUCUGGCAGAAGCGGGUGAACCUAAUUUGACAGAAAUGGAUGAAUUAAAUUGGGAUGAAGCAGGUAAACCUAAUUUGGCAGAAGUGUAUGAACCCAAUUUGGCAGAAGUGCAUGAACCCAAUUUGACAGAAGUGGACGAGUCACGUGCUGAUGGGGCAGCCGAAUGUUACAGGAAUAGUGACAAUCGGUUACCAUUCACUAUUAAUGAAUAUUCAAAAGAGCAUGACAUAGAUCUUAAUGUGCAGUGGGAAGAAGCAGAAAUCAAGGAAAGUAAUCUGAAUUUUAAAAUUCUAGAAAAAUCGUUUUUGAAACACAGAAAAAAACAAAAUUCGUUUUUUGAUUAUACACCUUUCUCCCAAUUUUAUGCAUCAGAGGAGCACAUGGAAUUUGUGGAAAAUGAUGAGGUUCCAAAUGACUUCCACAAAAGGAGUUACACUGAGAAUGUAACGAACUCUAAGAAGAACACGUCAAUAGAAAAAUUAAUUGUGAGUGAAAUGGAUUAUCCUCCACAUAACAAGGUGGAAGAAAUGGCAAAAUGUGAAAUUGACAACAGAACGAAUCAAUCAAUGGAACAAAGUAAUGAUUAUUUCAUUGAAUAUCCUUAUAUAAAUUAUAAAGAAAGUGAUUUUGCUUUAAAUUCAUUAAACAUGUACAAGAGUUGCGAAGAGUUGAACGACAAUAAUUUUAUAUUUCUAACAAAAAUGGAAGAAAAACAUUUGUUGAAUAAAUCCUGUAAUGAGAUUUAUCCAUGUGUAACGCCAUCCAUUUCUUGUGUGAAGGAAUCAGCAAAUAAAGACAUAACUAAUUUAAAUAAUAACAAUUUAGAGAAUAAAAAUGCUUACGAUAAGAAACAGAAGGAAAAUGAAAUAACAACCACACAUUUAUGUAAUUUCUCAUAUUCUAUGUAUGAAAAAAAUGAUGGUAUGAUAAACACAUACACAGAUCACAAAUUAAACUUACCCAAUGAACCGAACGAUUAUAAUUACUAUUAUGCUAACCUUUUUUCAGAUCACUUGAUGGAAGAUGAAAAAAACAAAGAAAAAAAAAAUAGUAAAAUAAUAGUGCAUUUAGAUGAUAUGACAAAUUCUGCAGGUAAUAAUGUGACCAUGUCAACAAAGGGUACAAUAAAUAAUAGAAAACUUGAACAUGCUGAGGAGAGGAAGCAAAACGAUUCGCAGAAUAAAAAUAAAAACUCAUUAGCUAAAUUUACAUUAAUCGUUAAUGUUCCACCAAAUACUACACGUAAAGAUUUAAUAUCUGUUUUUAGCAAGUUUGGAAAUGUAGACUUAACUAUGGUUGUAUGUGAUAAGAAAUCAAGGCAUCCUAACAAAGAAUGGACAGCAACAUCAGGGUAUGCAUUUGUACGAUUUUCAACAAAUGUUGAAGCACAAAGAACUUUAAAUGCUGCAAAUUCCGGAGGAAUUCGUGUUAGAGGCAGUAGGGUUCGAGCAACAUGGGCAAAAAAAGAUUCGUAUUCAAAAAAGGGAAAAGAAAUUACCAUUAAAAUUCCUUCUUCUAUACUUCUCAUAAACUUAGAUGAAUUUAUUUGCUCAAUAUGUAAAAUUCAUUUAUCGUAUGAACCCAUAUUAUUUCCAUGUUGUUAUGCUUCCUGUUGUUCUGAUUGCUUAAGGGGUUAUAUCAUAUGUCACAGGGGUAAAGAAAAUAUAAAAUGUCCCAGUUGUUUUUUAUACCUCACUAAUGGACUUAUUAAAAUUGAUGAAUAUUCCACAGGCGUGAUGAAAUUGCUUUACAGAAUUCAUUCAAAUGUGAAAAUUAAAUGUCAAAAUGCACAUUGUACUUGGGUUGGCCUUCAGCAUCAGUACAUGAGCCAUUAUUUUUCAUGCAAAUUUUGCCUCUCCUAG